CUGUUGAUGAAAUACUCCGACGAUUAAUCACUAGAUCGGAGAAGGAGAACAAUCGUUUGUGCAUAAAAUCCAUGAAAUAACUGAUUAAAUAGAAACAAAGAUUCAGAAUCAAAUUUCUUUUGGAAUAAAAAUGGUGAAAGGAAAAAUGAAUCCCCCUAGAAAAGAUGAUACAAUUACAGUUAUUGUUUGCUGAACACACGCCAGCAGGAUUAAUCCCGAAAGUUGAGAACCACGAGGAAGAUAUCCCGAGGGUUGGGAGAUGGGAUAUAUACCAGAUUUCUGAUUACAUUUGGAAAACAGACAUGACACAGUUUUCGCCAACUCCUAGCUUUGUGGCUGAGUUUUCACAGCUUGAGAAGCAGCUGGGUAUAUCAACCGUGGUACCCAGCAAGGACGACCUGCAAAGUUGGCUGAAAGCGCAAACUAUUGAGAAUAGCCAUCUGAAAGAGCAACUGCAAGAAAAGCAAGCAAUGCUUAAAGCAGUGUAUGCAAUUGCAAGAGAAGGGAUAUCAGAAGGGGACCUUUCAGGAACAGCGGAAUUCAAGGUUCACAAAUUUAGUUGCCAAAUUAUGCAAGCAAUGGGUAUUGAUCCUUACAAAGUGACCCAGGAAGAGUUUAUGCAACAUGAAGAUGAUGUACAUGGAGGUACUGAGCAUGGAGCUACUGAGCAUGAAGAAGAAGAGUUACAAUUAGUUGAGACAGAGCAACAAGGAGAUGGAAGUACUGAGCAAGAGAAAGAGAAAGAUGACGCGGAAACUUCCUUCCAUGAAGAAUUUCCAUGUAUGAGCCUUGCAGCUGGAAAUACGCCAACAAUUCUGCAAGCUCAAACUGCUGCAGAGGGGCACAAAAGACCACUCAGGACAUAUAGUUCGAGUAUGAAGAGUGUGACAACUUGCAAGACUCCACCAAAGAAAAGGCCUGUCGCAAAGCAAAAGCCCACUCCUACAAAUAAUGUUGAUGAGGAGCAGAAGAAAGAUGUUGAAGAGACACCUGUUACGGAUGAGGCACAGAAGAAAGCUGCAGAUGGUGGAGUUGUGGAUGGGGCAGGUGAUGAUGUAGCUGCAAAAGCCGUAGGUGAUGAUGUUACUGCAAAAGUCAAUGAGGAUACACCUGCAACUGUUGGUGACGGUUUGGUUAUGACUGCUCCAACUCAGCCAACUCCUGGAACUUUUGAUGACAGUUCUGCUUCAACACAGUUUGAGGACUCCAUGGUGAUAACUGCUACAACACCGCAAACACAGCCUGACAAUGCUCAGACCUACAGGUUGGUGCAACUAGGAGCUAACCCCGAUGAUAUGACGAAUGUUGAAGUGAGUGAAAUGAUAGAUGAGAUCGUCAGCAACAUUAACAAAACUGAACAUGGACCCGCAGUGACGGAGAAUGCAGAACCUACCUCAACUGCUACAACGCAGGAAAACGUUUUUAGCCUUGGAUUAGAAAAAACUCCAAAACCUGCAGGAGAGUUACUGAAGGAAGCUGCAAAUGCAAUAAGAGAAAGGCAACCAUCAUUCAUACAACAACGUGUGCUGAGGAUAGAAAAAUCCCAACACAAGAUCUGA